UUGUGUCUGGGCACGUUAAGGAAACCCACGUCUCGAUCUUCUUCGGCCUCCGUGUACAUCCAAGCUUGUGCGCUGUAAUAUUCAGUUUUUCUUUUGGACAUGUGAAGAAAUGUUUGCAGUUUAAGUGAGCCCUUACUGCUUUCAUUCAAAUUGUUGAAAAGCUGAUUGAACUGCCGACGAGUGAGCUUGGAGAUCAUUUUUUUACGGGCUCAAGUUCGUUUCUGUCCUAUUAGUGGACGAUAAGGGCAAAAAGAGCCACCAGUGCCGUUUUGUGAUUCAAAACAGGAGUUUAUAGAGCUAUUAUUUUUUCAAAUAGUAUCAACUUGUCAAACUGAUUGAUAGUCGGUUUGCUUGUGAACUGGUGGACUCGACUUGGGUUCGUCUGUUGCAUCUCAUUCCAACGUCCCGUUGUGCCGAUCAUUUGCGCGGAGAAAAUCUAAUCAAAUUUCAUUGGCAAUUUGGCGACUGCAGUUCAUUAAUUCUUCUGAGCGGGGCCAAAAAACAAUGGCCGUGUCUCCACUUCUUCAUCAAAGUCACGAAGUGUUGAACGCGGAUUUCUGUUCGGGAUACAUCGAUCAAUUUGGCAAGUGGAAUACGGGAUUUCCGUGCCCUUGGCUUGAUGGCUCCACUCCCGGUUUCUGUUGCGGAACAGAAUUCUACAAAUACUGCUGUUCCGGUAAGCUGAGGAUCGCCACAGCUCCACCUCCUCCACCUGAAGAUCCGUUACUUCUGGUUCUGGCCAUUACGCUUGGUGUUGCGGCUGGUAUCACGUUACUCAUCCUGGUCGCCUGCUUCGUCUGUCCCGGCUGCCUCUUACAUAAGAAACGACGACCAGGUCCUCUGUAUCGAUUACCUUGCUCUUCGACGAUGAGCACCUACGUGCCAGCGGCGAUGACCACGUCCAGUCCUGGACUAUCAAAUCAACACCAUCAACAUCAGCACAGGCCGGCCAUUGGUUUCAACGACGUCCGGACGUCGGCCAGUUUUCACAGUUUCAAUGGAGGCGGCGGGGGUAAUAGCGGAGAAACGAGGAACAUGAGUGCUGGCGGUGGAGUUUCAAGUCUCUACUCUCUUUCGGAUUCCCAUUGUCCGUCGCCCGUUGCCAUGAUGACGCCCGACUCCAAUCCCAUUUCUAACAUUGAUCAAAUCUCAGGCGUCCACCGUCAAUCGGAAAUGACUCGGCCAGCAGCAGGCAGAGGAGGUUGCCAUCAUCUCUACUGGAACCGACCUUUACCGCGAUUGGCCUCUUCCGUCAUUGGCAGCAACAACCCAAACAGCGAAAACCAGCUCAUGUCCGUGCGGGUGCCGACCAACAGCAGUCAAGGGCAUGUGCAAACCUGUCGCCACAGAGACGAUCCUUCGCCUCCGCCUCCUUACGAAGCGGAUUUCAACCCCAAUAUGCAUCGCCAUCAUCCAUCGGUUGAGACGAUGAAUAAUCGAACUACUUCGCUAAACCAACAAGCUCAGUUACGGCAACAUUUGCAACAGCUUCAGCAGCAACAUCAAGCCGAAACGUCGGCUUUCCGUCAACAACAACACAGCAGUAAUAUAAGUCCACGACAGCCAGCGCUUUGCAUCAUCGAUGACGGCCUGAGAGACAAUUCUCAAUUGAAUUAUCAUUCAACAAAGUUCUGAGAAACACGAGACCAGACUGAUAAUUGACAUGGAGGGGGGAAACUAUCCUUGAUUGCAUUGUGGCGAGAUAAACCAACAGCAGAUUUUUUUUAAAACUACAUAAUACAGUUUGAUAUAUUAUUGAUUUGUAUACACAUAAACCACUG